AUGAGUUCACAUUUCCCUUCGUCCCCAUAUAGAACAGUGGGCUCACACAUAAAGGGUCCGUAUUUCCCUAUUCCUAUUUCCAACCAGCAACCCAACUCCCCAUCUCCUAAUCAUGCAAAGGCUGGUAAAGUUGUGCUAGAAUCAUUUAGGAGUAUUGGAAAAAGUGACUAUCCAACUCCGUUUCCUUCAUCCAGUAUAGGAAGAGUUUCGUCUCCUGUUAGGUCAAAUAAGGUUGACACCAUUCCUUCUUCUCCGGCCUUUCCUAUGCAGGUAGAAGAAGCUUCCCCCAGGUUGUCUCCCAAAAAUUUUUCCCCUUCAAAGCACACAAAGGUCAUCAAUACUGAAUUGGAUUCUGCUAAGACGAACACCAUUACUGUUGGGCGUAAUAGUUCGCAAUGUGAUGUUGCCCUCUGUAAGAACAAAUUUGUAUCCAGAGUUCAUGCCAGCAUCUCUUACCUAACACAGUCCAACGAACUAAAGAUUCAUUGCUUCAGUAUGAACGGGUUAAUUGUCAUUUACCGUAAAGAAUUUGAUUGUUAUCUAUUGAAGACCACUAUGGACAGCGGUGAGAAGGCAUAUAGGCUUACACCCUGCUUUUCGAACGAAAAUUGCGAUAAGAAGAUUCAAGAUGACGAUAAAUCCGUUAGCUUCACCUUGGAAGAAGGUGACACCGUUUAUAUGCCAUAUUAUAAGAACAUCAUGUUGGAUUUUAGGCAAGUUUUACUUCGCGUUUCGUUAAAAAAAGAAAGGCAUUGUUCAGAGCCUGCAAGGCUAGAAGAACGAGUUGAAAAUGAAAGUGAAAUGAAACAUAUGGGGGGAAUAAGAAAACAUCCACUGAUAUUUACCGAAACUUCAUCGGACAGGCCCAAAAAAAUACUCAAAGACAAUGCUAAUAAAAUUUGCACUGGUAGUGAUUCUGGUGUCGCUGGAAGGAUGCUGAGCCAUUUCUUGAACUCAAAAUCAUCUCCACUUUCAUCUGUAUCUUCUGUCGAUCAUGAGGAGCAAAUUAAUAGGCAGGAAUCACCACCAUACGACAAAAUACCCGUGGUUAUGAGAAAGUCAAAGCUGAACAAGAGGAUUUUACCAGCAAAGCCAAAAAAGUCAGUUAAAGAGGCUUUGGAUGAAUUGUUUCGAAGAAAUGUUGAUGUUAUCCAUUUACAACAUAUUUUGACCAAUCAUCUAGCCUUUGCAAACGCCCAGCAAACGCCACUAUUUCAGUUACAACAGGUGAAUUCCAGAAUCUCUGAAUUAUCAAGAGAUGAGCUGCGUUCAAUUUUAAGCGACGCGAAAUGUGUCGGUGUCAUCUAUCGUCAUGGUAAGGACGCUGCUGGUAAACCGUUAGACGAAGAAUAUUUCUAUGAUUUGGAAAAUGAUGAUGAUUACGAAAGAAGAAAUUUGGUAAGUUCACUAAAAGGCGGGAGGACUGGUUUAAGAUCCUGUAGAAGGACACAUAAGCAGUAUUUUUGGAAAAAGCCAACCAAAUAA